AUGAACAAAGUAAGACCAAACAAAAUAAGAACUAACAAAGCAAAACUUAAUGAAGUUAGACUGACAAAGCAAGACCCAACAAAAAAAGAAGAAGAAAGUCUCAAUGAAGCCAAACUCGACGAAGCAGGAUCCAAUAAAGUAAAGCCUGAAGAAGACCCAGUGAAAUAA